GCAGUGUCGGCUGGGCAGGCGGAGCGCGCGGUCGUCGAUUUGCAGACGCGCGUCUCGCGGCGCGCCUACCCUGACAGCGGCAGGCAACCCGCGCAGCGCACAGUAGCAGGUGAGCCGCCGGUCGGCGGAGUGCCCACCGCGGCGGGCGGCAGGUGUCUCCAAGGAAACCACGACCGCCGCACAGUGCCCGCGCAAGAUCCUCUAUGAGCCGCCGAAAGACUUCGUGGAGUAACGUACCGCUGAACGCGCUAUUCUAAAACGGUACAGCAGAGAAGGAAUGUGAGCCCAGGCGAGAUGCUGCUGCAGAUUAUGGUGUGCUGCCUACUGCAGGGACACUCCGAGACGCGCGACAUGUCGCUGCCGGCGAGCUUCUGGCACGAGCUGUCGCCGGGCCCGGGCGCCACGGAGCCGUCCUACGACGACGGAUCCCUGCUGACACUGAGCUCGACGCCCAGCGAGCCGCCGCCGCCCUUCUUCGAGCCGCCCGACGUCAACUGCACCGCCGUCACUGCACAGCUCGGCGCUGAGGUCUUCCUACCCUGUCGAGUCCGCGGUUUGCGUCCCGGCCUUACCGUGUCGUGGAUGCGGCGCGAGGAGGGCGGCGGGCUGCAGCUGCUGACGUUCGGGCCGCACACGUACAGCGCGGACGAGCGCUACGAGCUGAGCUACGAGCCGCGCCAGGGCGACUGGCGGCUGCGCAUCCGCGCGGCGGCCGAGCGCGACCAGGGCGACUACGAGUGCCAGGUGUCGGCGCACCCGCCCGCCGUCUUCCGCGUCCGCCUCACCGUCGUCGUUCCCCGGGUUGAGAUAGUGGACGAGCGGGGCGACCCGGCGGUGCAGGACCGCUUCUACAAGGAGGGCAGCACCAUCGAGCUCAAGUGUGUGGUGAGCCAGGCGCCGGCGGCACAGCAGCACGCGGGCUACAUCACCUGGCGGCACGGCGCGCGCCUCCUCAACUACGACACGUCCCGCGGCGGCAUAAGCGUGAAGACGGACAUGGGUCCUGGGAUGGCUACCAGCCGGCUGUACAUCGCCAACGCGAAUCGCCGCGACUCCGGCAACUACACGUGCGCCCUGGCGGCCGUCGCCAGCACCACCGUCUUCGUCUACGUCAUCAGUGGCGAGACGCCUGCGGCUAUGCAACACGGCGGGGCAUCCGGGUGGUGGUCACGUGGCCCCGGCGUGGCCGGCGCCCUGUGGCGGCUGCUGGCCGCGUGUCUGCUGCCGCGGCUGCUGCUGCCGCUGCCGUUGCCGCUGCCGAUAACCUCCAGGUGACGUCACUAACCACCGGCCAGCCACGGCGUGAAGGGCCAGGCGGAGCCGCCGGCGCGCGAACACCGACGGGUGCCACGGGGCGGUUUGGGUGGGCUCAGACGAGAGACUGCGACCACGGACAGUACUUCGCAAGUGGUGAGAGAAGGGAAUAGUUGUGAUGUGAGCACACAUAUGCAUAAAUAUAUAUGACAAAGUCGUUUUUGAAGUAUAGAGAUAAUUCUAUUUCAACAUGUACUAUAUUUAUAAUGUGAUGUUUGUAGAAAAUAAAGAAAAAUGUAUUUCACGUUCCACACAAGCCCCUUUCCCUGAGACUUACAAUUCAGAAAUCCCUUGGCAAUCACCAUGUUUCUAAUACCUUUUAUAUAGUGAUGAUCUUUCUUUCCAUGCAUGCUAAGAAACUUGGAGAUAUAUACAGCCUCAUGCAAGAAACUGUUCGCUAAUAAUUUUCUUUACUCAAACAUGUUCCACCACUUUCUUGCCAUCUCCAGUGGGAUUUGUUUAUAGGGUACUGUGAAAAACAUCAGGCCACGUAACACUAAAAUUUUUCCCUAAUAUUAUUACAUGAAGUGUCCCAGGAAGACCAAUCAAUAUUCACGUAUGUGACAGGAAUUUUUCAUUCAAAACAAAAGUUUUCAUGCAAGGAUGUUUCAUAUUCGGAAUGAUUUCUGAAGCAAUAUACAUUUAAAUUACAUUUUUCUUAUACAUGGAACGUGUUUGACAUUUCAUUCUGUCC